GGCGUGUAAUCUAAUUAGGCUCAACUCAAAAGCCAACUCAAAGGGCGUAAGCAUCGGCUACGGGAAACCGCUCCUUUUUGCGUACCUACCUUACCUAUGUCAACCGCUUUACAGUCGAGGUUAUCAUGUAUAAAUUGGGCCAUAACUGUAGCAAAUCGAACGGCCUUACUCCAGCUCCAUACGUCAACUCAUUCAAAGAAGCACCCUAUAUUCUCACACUCUGCCCGCGUACCGCACACCCGAAGCGAUCCCACUUACACCUUUCACCAAACGACACCCCAUCGCCCACCAUGCAAUUCUCCAUCUUCACCAUCCUCCCCCUUCUCCUCUCUUCCGCGGCGGCGGCAGCCUUAGACACCGCAGAAGUCCGACAAGCCCGUUCUCUCGACCAAUCCUCCUCGCCUAACGAUGUCGGCGGUGGUUUGUUGCCCAAGAGAGUCGAGUGCGACUGCUGCAGAGCGCUAGGACCCGGGUACUGCUGGCACCAGAAGACGAAUGGUGAUAAAUACGUGAGUUUCUCGUGCCAUAUGCGUUUAUUAAGCUCCUUUCCUGGGAUAUAUAUCGCUAAUCAUUUGGGGCUUGUAGUGUUCGGCUUGUAUUGUUGAUCAAUGCCAGAAGAGGUGUACGUGAAACGCUCUGUGCAUGAUGCGGGUUCAUUAAGGAACGGCGGGGCUGGGGAGGGGGAAGGGGGCGUGUCGUGAGGAUGGCAUUGGAGACAUUGAAAUAUUAGACGAAUAUC